AUGAUUGAGAGUGAAAGGCUUAAUUAUAUCCGAUUUCAGCAGAAACAUCUUAGGUCUGAAACAUAUGAGAAUCUCCAAAAGUUGAACAAUCAAGGAACAAAUGAUUUAUCUAAUACCGGUAUACGGGUAGUCUUACCAUCAUCUUUUACCGGUGGUUCUCGGUACAUGCAGCAAAACUAUCUUGAUGCUAUGGCUAUAUGUAAAUGGUUUGGAUAUCCGGAUUUUUUUAUUACGGUUACAUGUAAUCCGAAGUGGCCAGAGAUUAAACGAUAUCUUCGAGAUACUUCAAUCAACCCUGAGGAUAGACCAGACAUUUUGUGUCGAUUGUUUAAGAUAAAGCUAGAUUCAAUUACAAAGGAUCUGAAGGACAAAAAAAUAUUUGGAGAACUAAGCGCAGCCGUUUAUACUGUCGAAUUUCAAAAACGUGGAUUGCCUCAUGCUCACAUUUGCAUUUUCUUGAAACCGGAAUCCAAACUUCUGUCCAUUGAUCAUUUAGACAAAUUUGUUUCUGCUGAGAUACCGGAUAAAAUGGAAGAUCCUAGCCUCUAUGCCCUUGUAUCCGAAUUUAUGAUUCAUGGUCCAUGUGGGAAUGCAAAUCCAAAUUGUCCUUGUAUGGUUGAUAGUAGAUGCUCAAAGAAUUAUCCAAAAAAAUUCAACCCGGAAACAACCACAGAUGCUGAUGGUUUCCCUGUAUAUAGAAGAAGAGACAAUGGUAACACUAUUAUAAAGUCUAAAGUUCAAUUAGACAACAGAAGUGUUGUUCCUUAUAGUCCUGUUCUUUUAAAAAGAUACCAGGCCCACAUUAAUGUUGAAUGGUGCAAUCAAGCUGGUUCUAUCAAAUAUCUGUUUAAGUACAUUAAUAAAGGUGCAGACAGAGCUUCGCUUGUCGUGUCAAACAGAGAUGGUAUAGAAAAUGAAGAAAAGGCAAAGGAUGAGAUCAAAGCCUAUUAUGAUUGUAGGUAUGUUUCCGCCUGUGAAGCUUCAUGGAGGAAAUUUGCAAAUGAAGUUCACUACAGGUUUCCUCCAGUUAUGAGACUUCCUUUUCAUCUUGAAGGUCAACAACAUGUUGUGUUUGGAGCUGAAGACGAUAUAGAGGUUGUUUUGGAAAAGCCAUCAGUCUCGUCUUCGAUUUUUCUAAAGUGGUUUGAGAUGAACAUAAACGAUGAAGAAGCCCGCAAACUUACUUAUGUUGAGUUUCCUACUAAAUUCUGUUGGAAAUUAAAAGAUAGACGAUGGGCACCACGUAAAAGAAAACUGUUACAGCUCGGACGCAUUCAUUCGGUGUCCCCUGCACUGGGUGAACCGUAUUUUCUUAGAAUUCUGUUAAACAAAGUAAAAGGACCAAGAUCAUUUGAAGAAAUUAGAACGGUUGAUGGUCAGUUGUUUCCAACUUUCAGAGAUGCGUGUUACGCUAUGGGUUUGUUGGAUGAUGACAUGGAAUAUAUUGAAGCUAUCAAAGAAGCCAGUUUUGUGCAAGAUGGUCGUUCUACUCGUGCACUAUUCGUUACUUUGCUUUUGUCAAACACGUUAUCAAGACCCGAAUAUGUAUUUGAACAAACAUGGAAAUACUUGGGUGAUGACAUUUUAUAUAACAGAAGAAAAGCGACAAAAAACAAAGAACUUGUAAUUUCGAAUGAGAGAUUGAAGAAUCAAACAUUGGUGGAGAUUGAAAAAUACUUGAUCAGAAAUGGUUCGUCAUUGAAACGAUGGCCAACAAUUCCUUAUCCUGAUUAUGAUUCAUUUGCUGUUGGAAACAAUCGCUUGGUUGACGAAGAACUAUCUUUCGAUAUUCCUCAAAUGCAUAGCGAGUUAGUUACUCUAAAAUCUUCUCUAACUGAUGAACAACUCUCCGUUUAUAAUCAGAUAAUGGCAGCCGUUGAAGGUGAUAAAGGAGGUGUAUUUUUUGUUUACGGCUAUGGAGGCACAGGUAAGACAUUUUUGUGGAGGACGUUAGCCUUAUCUGUUAGGUCUAGAGAGCAGAUUGUUCUAAAUGUUGCUUCCAGUGGUAUUGCUUCCUUACUAAUGUCUAGAGGUAGAACAGCCCAUUCUAGAUUUCACAUUCCCAUAAAUUUAGAUGAGAGUUCUAUGUGUCACAUACGGCCUGAUGGUGAUGUAGCUUACUUACUUAAACAUACUAGGUUGAUAAUAUGGGAUGAAGCACCUAUGGUACACAGACAUGCUGUCGAAGCUUUAGACAGAACAUUUAAAGAUGUGUUGAUCGACAAAAGCAAUAUUAAUUCGGAUUGUUUAUUUGGAGGUAAAGUAAUCGUCUUUGGUGGUGACUUUAGACAGAUUCUUCCAGUAAUUCCAAACGGAAGUAGGCAACAAAUUGUCAACGCUUCGUUGAGUUCAUCUUAUAUAUGGUCCCAAUGUAAGUUACUUACUUUGACCAAAAACAUGAGAUUGACUAUUGGUGCUGAUAAAUCUAGAUUGGAGGAGACGCACAAAUUUGCCAAAUGGCUUCUCGAUAUUGGUGAGGGUAAAGUAGGAGGCGACAAUGAUGGUGUGGCAACUGUACAAAUACCUUCUGAUCUUCUAAUCAGAGAUUGUUUGGAUCCCAUUGAAAGGUUGAUUCAAUUUGUAUAUCCAUCCGAUUUACAAAGAUAUAUGGAUCGAGAUUAUUUUUCAGAAAGGGCCAUUCUUACACCAAAAAAUGAGGUCGUACAUGAAAUCAAUGAUCGAUUGUUAGAGUUGUUUCCUGGUGAACCAACAGAGUACCUAAGCUCUGAUAGUAUAUGUCAAACCGAACAAGUUAAUGAUUCCUUCCAGCAAGAAUUGUAUUCACCUGAUGUUCUGAAUGGGUUAAAGAUAUCCGGUUUACCAAAUCAUCGUCUGGUUUUGAAAGUCGGUGUUCCAAUUAUGCUUCUUAGGAACAUUGACCAACAAAAUGGAUUAUGUAAUGGUACAAGGUUGCAGGUUACAUUUCUUGGGAAGCGUGUUAUGGAAGCUGAAAUUAUAUCAGGUGCUAAUGUUGGAACUAGAACGUUUAUUCCAAGAAUUACCAUGAUACCGUCGGACAAAAAAAUACCUUUUGCUUUUCAACGACGACAGUUUCCUGUUGCUGUGUGUUUUGCUAUGACAAUCAAUAAGAGUCAAGGACAGUCUUUAUCUAAGGUUGGACUUUUUUUAAAAGAGCUAGUUUUUACACAUGGUCAGUUAUAUGUAGCCUUAUCAAGAGUUAAAUCAAGAGAAGGGGUUAAGAUCCUAAUUCUAGAUAAAGAAGGUAAACCGACAGAGACUACGACGAAUGUUGUUUAUAAAGAAGUUUUCACGCACCUAUGUUAA